AUGGCAAUUCAAUUACCCCCAGGCUAUGUUGACGUGACCAAUGCGCUUGCAACGCGAGGCACUGUCAAUGUAAUGGGUAUGGUUGUGGAUAUCUGGGGCGGGGCGUUCAGGAGUCAAGGCACCUCCACCUGCAUAACAUUUACAAUCAAGGACUGCAACCUGAAUAACGGACAUACCUGGGAUGGCCUAAAAGUCAGAUACUUCACGGAAACAGAGACUAUGUUACCCCCCGUUCAACAAGGCGAUGUAGUCCUACUCCGUAACCUCUGGGUUAAAGUAAUAACAGGUGCGCCACAAGGAGUGGCCGCUCAAGAUAGAAAAAUUCCAUGGGCCAUCUUUCGCCCAGAUAGGGACCCGACGUCACAUCAUUCUGCACUCACUGGUCCCGUACCUUUCGAUCCCACUUACCAGGAGAAGUCUUGCGCGUUGACAUUACUAGAGGUUACCCCAACUUCGUUCCGUAGCGCUACCAUUUCCAGGCCAAAUUUUGCGCAGGUUUCCGCAUCUAGGUCAACUUCAACUACUCAACGAAAAUUUUCGCUGGUUAAAGACGUUGAAGAUCGGCAAUUCGUGGAUCUUAUUGGAGAGAUAGCCAAAAUACAUAGUAACGAUAGCGAAAAAGCAACUCUCUAUCUCACUGACUACACGGAAAACGAGAAUUUGUUCUUCUAUGCGUCUAACAACGAUGAUUAUCCUGGCCAUGGCCGCGAGGGGGACGAGUACAACUAUAUAAAACGCCCUAAAAAGAAAUGGAAUGGCCCAUCCGGCCGUAUGACCAUUCAAAUAACGUUAUGGGAACCACACGCAUCAUUCCUACGGGAUAACUUUAACGAAAAUGACAUUGUUCGCCUGAAAAAUGUUCGCAUCAAGGGAAGCCGUGUUGAAGGAGGAACGCUGGAAGGCGUCAUUCAUACCAAUCGCGAUAAUCCAAGCGCCACGAACGUUUUCCCAAUCAAUUACAGCAAUGAUACCCGGGUUCAGGAAUUGCUUUCUCGAAAAGCAGAUUACUUGAAAGCGCACCCAGAAGAGGGGAAGCGAAAAUCAGACGAGGAUGCCGAACAGCCCUCCAAAAAAUCCAACUCAAAAAAGAAACAGGUAAAAGCACAACAAAAAACUGAAUCCGGCCAGACAACUCUCGAUAUCAGUAACCGGGCCGUUGUGAACGACUACGUAAAACCACGGGUGCCCCCAGGCGUGCCUUCUCAGACCCUCGAGGAUAUCAUAAACAACCCAUCUCACAUUAAUCCAUCCCCCAGCGGCAUCAAAUACCGUCUUCCCUUCCAGAACCUCUGCUAUCUCAGCGCAGUUCGCGUUGUAGAUUUCUAUCCUCCGCUAUUAGAAGACUUCACAGUCGAGGAGGAACGUACCUCACUCGCAUACGACAAAAGGCGUGAUCCUGCUACGUCUCGAACUUACCCACAAUGGGAAUGGCGCUUCUGCCUUCUCAUAGAGAGUAUUUCCCCUGCCAUGGGUCGACAGCCAAAAGAGCGGGUUAAACUCUUUGUCUCUAAUUCCGAGGCAGAGCAUCUCCUACGAUUGAAUGCAGAUAACCUGCGCCAAAAACCGGGCCUUUUGAAUCAAUUGAGGGAAAAGCUCUUCGUUCUAUGGGGAAAUCUGGAAGAGCAGAAAAGAACUGCGAUUGAAGAGGGAAAGAGCCCCCUAGAUUUUGGGCCCGUCUCGUCACGACCGUUUAAUUGUUGUCUUAUGGAAUAUGGCAUUAAAUGCAGUCAUUUUGGUGGAUCGAACCAUGCUGGCGAUAAUGCGGGCUUUAUUGGUUGUACUAAUCAGGGUUGUUUGGGAUGGGAAAGGAGAUUUGGGUUGCUGAAGACGACUAUUCACGGAUGA